AUAUCGAGAGAGAGAAAGGGAGUCGAUUUCUUUCUACUCCACCGUCCCCCCCCCCCCCCUCCUCCUCCUCCUCCUCUUCCUCCUCCUCCUCUUCCUCCUCCUCCACGUCCACCAGUGGACCAGCGAGCGGACCACACCGCCGGCCAUCGAGGAGCACAGCGGCAGCUUCGGGCGUCAUCGUUUUGUGACAUCGGCAUCACCCACCGAGAUGGAGGCACCGGGCUUGCAGGCGCGCAGCAUCAGCAGUCCGCUGAGCCCCUGCGAGGGGAUGAUCAAGGACCUGAGCCUGGACGCCAUACAGCUCUGUGAGCGAGACGGAAGUAAAUCCCAGGACGGCGCCCUCUCCGACAUGGAGGAGCUGCCCGUCCCGCGGAGCAUCAAGAUCAGCAACAUCACCUGCGACUCCUUCAAGAUCUGCUGGGACAUGGAGCAGCGCGGCAAAGAGCGCAUCACGCACUACUUCAUUGACCUCAACAAGAAGGAGAACAAAAACUCCAACAAGUUCAAACACAAGGACGUGCCGACCAAGCUGGUGGCCAAGGCGGUGCCCCUGCCCAUGACGGUGCGGGGCCACUGGUUCCUCAGCCCCCGCACCGAGUACACGGUGGCAGUGCAGACGGCGUCCAAGCAGACCGACGGCGACUACGCCGUGUCGGAGUGGAGCGAAAUCGUCGAGUUUUGCACCGCCGAUUAUUCCACAGUGCAUCUCAACCAGCUGCUGGCCAAGGCCGAAGCGAUUUCCGGCCGGAUGCUGCGUUUCUCCGUCUUCUACCGCAACCAGAAUAAGGAAUACUUCGACCACGCCAGGGAGGAGCAAGGCAACCGGAUGCUUCCGUCGGUGAAGGACAACAGCGGCAGCCACGGCUCCCCCAUCAGCGGCAAGCUGGAGGGUCUUUUCUUCAGCUGCAACACGGAGUUCAACACGGGAAAGACCCCGCAGGACUCCCCGUACGGCCGCUACCGCUUCGAGGUCCGGGCCGACGCCCUGUUCAACCCCGACACCAACCUCUACUUCGGGGACUUCUACUGCAUGUACACGGCCUACCACUACGUCAUCCUGGUCCUGGCCCCCAAGGGAUCCCGGGGGGACGACUUCUGCAAGCAGAGGCUGCCCGCCCUCGACAUCGCCGACAACCGCUUCCUCACGUGCCAGCGGGUGGAAGGCGCGGGCGAGGGCGGCGGCCUGGUGUUCCGCCACGCCCAGGACGUCAUCCUGGAGGUCAUCUACACGGAGCCCGUGGACCUGGCGCUGGGCACGGUGGCCGAGAUCAGCGGGCACCAGCUCAUGAGUCUCUCCACCGUCAACGCCAAGAAGGACCCCAGCUGCAAGACCUGCAACAUCAGCGUGGGACGCUAG